AUGCGAAUCAAAGCGGUGCACACGGAUGUCUGCAUCCUUUUCUUACUGUGCAUUGCCUGCUCUGCCUACGCCGCAGCUGAUCGUGGGCCUUCGCUCGGCCUUAGCGCGGACACAAACCCAAUGUUGUGGGCCCGCGGAAAUGGUGUGCCAUACUUUAGGGCGUCGAUUCCAAUGCGUAUUUACGAGUGUUUGCGCGACUUCAGCAUUCUGCGCUGUACGAAGCUGUUCGUGCUGCAGAAAUUGGAGGAGCGCAAGCAAUUUGCCCAGACUGGGAAUCUGACCAGGGACUUUCUCGAUCAGUUCUUCGGCGAGGAGACGCAGAUGGGCAGCCUGAUCACGCAAAAGUAUCACGAGAUGCCCGAGAAGGAGCUGAAUCAGCGACUGGUGGCGAAUUUUCAGCGCUUCUUCAAGCAUCGCGACAUCAAGCUGCACUUCCUGCCAGGCAUGCUGGUCAAGAUUGUGCCCAGCAAGGAGAAUAAGCUGAAGUUAACGCUAAAGAAAGCUUACAAAACGCGCACGGGACGCGCGCGCCGACGCGACUCCAGCGAACUGCCUCUAAAUCUGAUAGGACUACCACCACUGGGGGGCAGUAGUGGCGGUGUCGGCAGUAGCGCCAGCGUUGAGAACUAUGAGCCCGAAGUGGAGGGCGAUUCCAAACAGGGCCUGCUAUCGGGUGGCGGUGGUAGUGGCGGCGAUGGUGGCGGCGGCGGUGGCGUUGGUCACAGACAUGGCAAACGCAAGAAGAAACAUUCGUACAAGACGACCAUGUUGCAAAUGGCGGUACCCAUACUGGUCAUGCCCGCCAUUUUGCUGGGAAGUAUGCUGCCGUUUGUGUUGCCGGCCCUCAAAAUGGCCACCAUUUUGUCGUUAUUGAUGAACAAUGGCGCCUUCAUGGCUGCGCUUCUCUACGCCGCACGCACACAUGCGAAUGCACAGGAGGAGCAGCACAUCAGCUACGGCUAUGGGGGCACCUAUCACUGA